AUGGAGACCCAACAGCCGAUGCCACCUCCUCCUCCUCCGCCGCCCCCGCGACUCGUGAGGACGGCCCCGUCGCGGUUCAGAAGAGUUUGCGUGUUCUGCGGCAGCAGCUCAGGGAAGAAACCCAGCUACCAGCUUGCGGCCAUCCAGCUGGGCGAAGAACUGGUACACCUCUGAUGUUCCCUGCUUCAACUGUUAUAUCCUUCUUCUUCUUCUCGUGUUUCAGUUCAUGGGUACAGACGUAAGGGGACCCCGCCCCGCUACAGCUUCCUCUCUUUUCCUCGAGUUCUCAGCCAGGCUUGUUUCAUUCAAAUCGACCCUGUUUUCAUUUGUGGGCUGAGAUCGAAGAGCUCAGGUGCGUCCUUGCAGAAAAGGAAAGCGGAUCGCUGAUUCUUGAAAGGGGGAUCAACUUUCUUCGAUUCAGGAAUCAAUUAGCUUAACCAGGCCUCAAUGUGUAUCCAAAACCUUUUAGGACAGCACGCAACUUUAUCCUACUGAUUACCCAUAUCUGGAAGCAGAAGUUGCGCUUUCUCCCUUCGUUGCCCGUUCCCUUGAUUGGCACUCUCUUCCUGCGGCUUUUGCGCUGAGGCAAGUUCCGGAUCGUCCCGCAGGUGGAGAGGAGCAUAGACUUGGUCUACGGAGGAGGCAGCGUCGGGCUCAUGGGUCUCGUCUCCCAAGCCGUCUACGAUGGCGGCCGUCAUGUCUUGGGGUCUCUCUCUCUCUCUCUCUCUCUCUCGUCGUCUCUUUCUCGCGCUCGUUCUCCACAGUUUGAUGACCCUGAAGGCUGAUUUUGCUUGCGUUUGUGUCGUUGCAGGGUCAUUCCCAAGACUUUAAUGUUCAGAGAGGUCUGUUUUCGCGACAUUUCCACAAGUUCUUUUUUUAACAGGAGACAAGAUGAAAAGGAAAAAUCUAGCCCUGUCUUGGCCCACCCCCGCCGCCAAACAUCCUCCUCCCUCCUCGCCCUCCCGUCCGCUCACAAGAAUUUGAGCUUAUCCCAUCCUCCUCCUCCUCCUCCUCCUCCCCGGAAUGGCGCCGUUCCGGUGCUUCCUCCUCUCUGUACUCCUGUGGACCGACUCGGUUCUCACAAACGGCCAGCUGACUUGUGAACCCAUCCAUAUUCCCUGCCUCGUCUGAGCUCCACAGACUGCUUCACCCGCACUGUGCCUGCGUGCCCCCCUUUCUCCCCCACCGAUUCCACUUCACUUCCCUUCUGUAUAUUUUUAUCUCCUCCAUCGGUUUAAUGGUUUCCCUGAACAGAUCACGGGGGAGACCAUCGGAGAAGUGAGGGCGGUCUCCGGCAUGCACCAGCGAAAGGCCGAGAUGGCCCGCCAAGCCGACGCCUUCAUCGCAUUGCCUGGUGAGAUUCAUCCGGCCGAGCCCACCAUUGAGACCUCCCCCCCUCUUAGGUUAAAGGAGGGAUCUUUUAUGCGGUAGAUACCCCUCCUCCUCUCCUUGGCCUCUGCGAGUGAAGGCCACCUUCUGGUAGUAGGACCACUGAUGCUGAUUGGACAGUUGCGAACCCUUCGUACCACGUGAUUUCUACCCUCCUGCUCCUCGGAAAAUCAUCGAGAGAUUCUUCUUUCUGAUCAUCCUGGUUCUAACAGCGGCUUGGUGGGGGGUGGAGCAGGUGGCUACGGGACGCUGGAGGAGCUCCUGGAGGUGAUCACCUGGGCUCAGCUGGGCAUCCACGACAAGCCGGUGAGUGAUCCAUGCGGCGGCUAUCUUCUUCCUCUAAAAGAGCUCGCUUGUGUUCAUCAUGCUUGGCGCUUGCAGGUGGGCCUGCUAAACGUGGACGGGUACUACAACUCGUUGCUGAGCUUCAUUGACAAAGCGGUGGACGAGGGCUUCAUCACAACCACCGCGCGCCACAUCAUCGUAUCGGCGACCUCCGCCCACGAGCUCAUGUCCAAGCUCGAGGUGACUGGUUAUCUUGGUUUCGCCAUGAGAAAGGCAGCACCUUUAUCAUGGGUUUGAGCCCCGACCGUCUGAUCCCCUCUACCGAACGACCUUUUGCAGGAAUACGAGCCCAUGCACGACGGGAUGACUCCUAAGCUGAGCUGGGAGAUGGAGCAGUUGGGCCAGUCCGCCAAGUCCGACAUCUCCCGUUGA